AUGACGAGCCUGACCUCUAGCUUUGACCCGGCAAGUUUGGCCAUCAUUGAAAAGUUGCAUGAACUGGAACAGUCCCUCAAGCAAGGCUUCGAGCAGCUUCAUGGGGGCUCAGCCCUGUCUCAGCUGGCAACGGUGGCAGCCAUAGAGUCGCCAAAUCAUGCACUUCUUCAACAUGAAGGACUGUUCGACACCAAGAACGAAUCGUCCUCGCGAAUGAGUGUCGAAGGCAUACUAACAUGGGGCCCCUUUGAAGAGAUACAUCCCAACUUGAACCUCACCCACUUACUAUCUGCACAGGACGAGCCUGAUGCGGUCCAGCCUCCUACUGCAUCCUUUGAUGGUGGUGACGAGCAGGAACUGCUGCAGCGCUUCAUCGAUCAUGUGCUCACUUUCAAUCCCAUCAUUGACGAGGAAGUCAUCAGGCAAUAUCUGCGAGACGUCCAAUACACCGGUAUGCGAUGGGAUGCCCAGAGCUGUGUCCUGCUUCUGAUAUACGCGCAUGGUGCCCUCACAUAUGCGUCGGACUUCCAGAAUCAGCCCGAAUCGAUCGACUUUCGACGAACGCGACAAUUCAUCAGAUCGCAGUCUUAUUUCCAAGCAGCACAAGCUCGGAUGAGCCACAUGCUCUGCACAUCAGGCGUUCUCGAAGCUCAAUGCUUCUUCUUGUCUGGCGUAUACUUGAUGACCACCAUGCGUCCACUCGCUGCCUGGAGGAUGUUUGUACAGGCUUUGACGUGCUGCCAGGUACUUCUUAGUGGUGCAGACGUAGCUGGAAAGAUCGACCAACGUCAGCUUGGACUUCAGCAGAGCCUGUAUUGGACGUGCUUCAAGUCCGAGCUCGAGCUUCGACUUGAGCUCAACAUCACCAAGAAUCCAGUGUUCGAUCUCUCCUACCCCGACUUCUAUCCUUCACCACCUCGAGCACUGCAUGCAAACAAAGAGGUGGUCUGGUACUAUUAUCUGGCCGAGAUUGCUCUCAGGCGUCUGGGCAACCGCGUUCUCAACACCUUCCACAAGAACAAACCCAUCGUAACCUCAUCUGUGGCCGUCAGUAUGGUGCAGAACUUUGAGAAUCAGGCAGCAAACUGGCUUUCGUCGCUUCCAGCGGCAUUGCGGCCCGAAUCGACCAAUGCACCCGAUGGUGACACGCGCCUUGAAACUGUCCUCCGCUACAUCCUCAAUGGGCAUCUGAUCGAUUGUUACGAGAUGAUGUAUCAUCACUUCCUUGCUCACUUCUUCGAGGAAGACACGCCCUCAACAUCUCCGGCGAUCGAAGGAUACGCAAGCAAGGCGCUGCAGAUCUGCGUGCAGCGCAUCCAGUCAGAUUCCUUUGGCUUCCACAGAAGACAUCACGGCACAUGGCUGAUGUUGAGGUCCUGCACAAGAAGUUCUCUGGUUCUCCUUGCAGCCAGUCGCAACCCACAUUUGCAUGGCUUGCUGCCUCAGGCAUGGAAGGACUCGAUCGAUCGGGUCAAGGGCCUGCUGCGUUUCUGGCAGCUCGAAAGUCAGGAUGCAGCCAACAGGCUGAGCAUCAUGGAGCACAUGACUUGA